GAAUAAUCAAACACAAAAGACAAAAACCUUUUCCCCCAUCUUCUCACCCUCUGUUUCUACAUUUUCCUCUGUUUUUUUUUCCCGAGAAACAGAAGGAAAGUUUCUCUUUGUCUUCCGGAAUGAGAGAUUUUUGUGAAUAGGGUGGCUGCACCCAUCUUAAGUUUCGUGUUGAGGUUAAAGAAGAUUACAUUUAUAUCGUUAAAUUCUCCAGCUUUUUUUUUUCAUAUAUUCUGUGUAUUGAAAAUCAUCACUUUAUCUUCUCAGUUUUGGCUAUGCAAGAAACUUUCUCGCAAUUCACUAACGGCAAAGUUGUUAAAGGUUCCUCCUUUGAUUAGAUUCACAAGUUAGGGUUUUUUGGGAACGUACUUGGCUUUAGCAUUUGAGAUAGCCAUGGAUUCUGAGUUGAGUUUUCCUUCAAGAGACGUUGUGAAAUGCUGUGACUUUGGUUGUGAUUAUCCCAUUGGGGCAUGUUCUUCAGAUUCUUGGACUAGAACGGUGAAAAGAAAGUUCAACAAAGAAGGGAACAACACUAUGUUGUUGUUACGAGGCUCUUCUGAUUCAUCUUCAAACGCAAAGUUACUAGUUGAGAACCAAUGUGCUGCUUUACUUGAGGAUCUCUCUAGCCAAAGAAAGACAGUGAAAGAGCUUGACUUGGAGCUUGAGGAGGAGAGAAACGCUGCUGCUUCAGCAGCUAACGAGACAAUGUCGAUGAUACUUAGGUUGCAGAGAGAAAAGGCUGAGAUACAGAUGGAAGCUCGGCAGUUCAAAGCGUUUGCUGAGGAGAAGAUGACGCAUGACCAAGAAAAGGUUAAGGUUCUUGAGGAGUUGUUGUAUGAGAAAGAGCAAGCUAUUGAGGUUUUGUCUUAUGAGGUUGAAGCUUACAAGGAUAUGUUGCUGAGUUAUGGGAUAACAGAAGCAGAGAUGCAUGAUCAGAUUCUUGGUUUUGGUAGAGACUCUAGCACGGUUGGUAUUGAUCUUUACCCGUGUGAGUACACUUUGAAAUGUAGUGUGGAUGAUGAGAAUCCGAGUGGACCAGAUGGUAAUGUUGAGGUUGUGGAAAAGGUGAUGGUUGGUCAGUCUCCAAGGUGGCCAUACUAUGAUCCAAAUUCGCCUUUGGGAGCUGCAAAAGAGAGAAAUGGAACAUGUUUUGCAGACUCUCCUAUGUCUUGUAGUGGUGAUAGAGAUUAUACUAUUGACUCCAUUCAUGAUGAUGAGCCUAGUAAGAUUAUCAAGGGAAAGUUGAACGGUGAUCACUGGACUUCUCCGAGGUACCAAGAACCGGUGGUCAUGACUCAGCAAGGUGUUAAUGAGCCGGAUGUUGAGAAGCUUUACACGAGGCUUCAAGCACUUGAGGCUGACAGAGAGUCAUUGAGACAUACCAUUGUAUCUAUGCGAACAGACAAAGCUCAAUUGGUGUUGCUGAAAGAGAUAGCACAGCAUUUAUCAAAGGAUACUGUUGCAACAAACAGGAGAAACCUAGCUAGCAAAAUACCAUCUUUCAAAGCAUUCUGCGUAGUAACGUUCUUCAAGUGGAUUGUGUCUUUCGUUUCUUGGAGAAGGAAAACCAAGCAAAACAAGUAUGUGUACAACUUGUCAGCGAAUAAUAUGGGGAUGCUUAUGAUUCUAGGUGAGGGAUCUCGCACUAGGAGAUGGAGCUGUUUAACAAGUUCACAUGUCUAG